UGUUGCUCUCACUCAGAGCCGGUGGCUGUGGCAGCAUCGUCCAUGGCAAGGCAACGGAUAUAAGCGCGCGCUUUCUUUCUUUCUUUCUUUCUUUCUUCCUUCCUUCCUUCCUUUUUUUUUUUUUAAUUCCCCCUCUCCCUCUGUUUCUCGUCUCGAGCUGCUCACGGUCCGACCGAAAAGCCCCGCACCAUGACCAUGCUCGGCCGCCUGUGGACUGUAUUCUGCCUCCGCGUGUGCUUUUACGCGAGCGCCGGAUUAGCGCAGAGCUCCAGAGAGGUGAUCCUGCUGGACUCGAAGGCACAGCAGACCGAGAUGGAGUGGGUAGCGUCUCCUUCGAACGGGUGGGAAGAGAUCAGCGGGCUGGACGAGAACCUCAUCCCCAUUCGCACGUAUCAGGUGUGCCAGGUGAUGGAACCGAAUCAGAACAAUUGGCUUCGGACUAACUGGAUCGAAAAGGGCGACGCUCAGAGGAUUUUCGUGGAGCUGAAAUUCACGCUGCGGGACUGUAACAGCCUUCCCGGUAUGGUCGGGACGUGCAAGGAAACGUUCAACUUGUACUACCAGGAGACGGAUGCCGAGAUGGGCAGGAAUAUCCGCGAGAGCCAGUAUAUGAAAAUAGACACCAUCGCGGCGGACGAGAGCUUCACGCAGGGCGAUCUCGGCGAGAGGAAAAUGAAGCUGAACACGGAGGUGCGGAUCAUCGGGCCACUCUCGCGCAGAGGUUUCUACUUGGCCUUCCAGGACGUCGGAGCGUGCAUCGCUCUCGUCUCGGUCAAAGUUUACUACAAGAAGUGCUGGUCCAUCAUCGAGAACCUGGCAACGUUCCCGGACACCGUGACGGGAUUUGAGUUUUCCUCACUCGUCGAGGUGGAGGGAACGUGCGUCAGCGACGCCGAAGAGGAGGCCGACAACUCUCCCAAGAUGCACUGCAGCGCCGAGGGCGAGUGGCUCGUGCCGAUCGGGAAAUGUAUCUGCAAGGCCGGGUUUCAUCAGAAAGGCGACUCGUGCGAACCCUGCGGCCGCGGCUUCUUCAAGUCCUCGUCGCAGGACCUGCAGUGUUCGCGCUGUCCUGCCCACAGCUACAACGACAGAGAAGGAUCCCGGAAGUGCGAAUGCGAGGACGGCUACUACCGAGCGCCCUCGGAUCCUCCCUCCGUCGCCUGCACAAGACCUCCUUCGGCUCCUCAGAAUCUGGUCUACAACAUCAACCAGACCACCGUAACCCUCGAGUGGAACCCUCCGGCCGACUCCGGCGGCCGCGGCGAUCUCACCUACCGGAUCAUAUGCAGGAGGUGCAGCUGGGAACCGGAGGAGUGCGUGGCGUGCGGAGGGAACGUGGCGUACACGCCGCAGCAGAUCGGUCUCACGGAAACCUCCGUCACCAUCAGCGAGCUGCUCCCGCACGCCAACUACACCUUCGAGGUGGAGGCCGUGAACGGCGUCUCGGACCUCAGCCGAACGCAGAGACUCUUUGCCGCCGUCAGCAUCGCCACCAGUCAGGCUGCUCCAUCUCAGGUCAGCGAGGUGAUAAAGGAGCGCGUGCUGGAGCACAGCGUCCAGCUCUCGUGGCAGGAACCCGAGCACCCCAACGGAGUCAUCACCGAAUAUGAGAUCAAGUACUAUGAGAAGGACCAGAAAGAUCGCAUCUACUCGACGGUCAAGUCCAAGUCCACGUCGGCCACGGUGAACAACCUGAAGCCCAGCACGGCGUACGUGUUCCAGAUCAGAGCGUUCACCUCGGCCGGGUACGGCAUCUUCGGGCCCAGGCUCGAGGUCACCACCAAGGACGAGUCGUCAGGAAGCGCCACGAUCGUGUCGAGCGAGCAGAACCCGGUCAUCAUCAUCGCCGUGGUGGCAGUAGCCGGCACCAUCAUCCUGGUGUUCAUGGUGUUCGGCUUCAUCAUCGGGAGAAGGUACGCUCUCGCGGCCCCCGUUGACUCGCCGCUCCUGCACUGUGGCUACAGUAAAGCAGACCAAGAGGGAGAUGAAGAGCUGUACUUCCAGUUUAAAUUUCCAGGCACCAAAACCUACAUCGACCCCGAAACCUACGAAGACCCCAACAGGGCCGUGCAUCAGUUCGCCAAGGAGCUGGACGCCUCGUGCAUCAAGAUCGAAAGAGUGAUCGGCGCAGGAGAGUUCGGCGAAGUGUGCAGCGGUCGCCUGAAGCUCCCCGGGAAGAGGGAUGUCCCCGUGGCCAUCAAAACUCUCAAAGUGGGCUACACGGAGAAGCAAAGGCGGGACUUCCUGUGCGAGGCGAGCAUCAUGGGACAGUUCGACCAUCCCAAUGUGGUCCAUCUAGAAGGCGUGGUCACCAGAGGGAAGCCGGUCAUGAUCGUCAUCGAGUACAUGGAGAACGGCGCGUUAGACGCCUUCCUCAGGAAGCAUGACGGGCAGUUCACGGUAAUCCAGCUGGUCGGUAUGCUGCGCGGCAUCGCCGCCGGGAUGCGCUACCUCUCGGACAUGGGCUACGUGCACCGGGACCUGGCGGCGCGCAACAUCCUCGUCAACAGCAACCUCGUCUGUAAAGUGUCCGACUUCGGCCUGUCCAGAGUGAUCGACGAUGACCCCGAGGCCGUCUACACCACCACUGGGAAGAUGCAGGCUGUAAUGAAUGUGAUGUUUACCCCAGCCACUGACCUGCAUUUUACUGAACAGGGCGGAAAGAUCCCGGUUCGGUGGACAGCCAUGGAAGCCAUCCAGUACCGUAAAUUCACAUCAGCUAGCGACGCGUGGAGUUACGGCAUCGUCAUGUGGGAGGUCAUGUCCUACGGCGAACGGCCGUACUGGGACAUGUCCAAUCAAGACGUCAUCAAGGCUAUCGAGGAGGGGUACCGUCUUCCAGCACCCAUGGACUGCCCUCCAGGACUCCACCAGCUCAUGCUGGACUGCUGGCAGAAGGAGCGAGCCGACCGGCCCAAGUUCGACCAGAUCGUCGCCAUUUUGGACAAAAUGAUCCGCAAUCCCAGCACGUUAAAAACGCCAGUGGGAACAUGUACGAGACCCAUCAGUCCGCUGCUGGACCAGAGCCCGCCAGACUUCAGCUCGUUCCGCUCGGUGAGCGAGUGGUUGGAAGCCAUUAAGAUGGAGAGAUACAAAGACAACUUCACAGCGGCCGGCUACAGCUCACUCGAAUCCGUGGCGAGGAUGACUAUCGAGGACGUGAUGAGUUUGGGAAUCUCGCUCGUGGGCCAUCAGAAGAAAGUCAUGAGCAGUAUACAGACUAUGAGAGCUCAGAUGCUGCACCUGCACGGCACCGGCGUCCAGGUGUGACGGACGGACCGACGGACGGACGGACGGACGCCGGGAACUGCCCCCCGGGAGCGGGGCGGGGACUUAGAAGAUAGCGCGGAUAACCACCGCGAAAUAAGAUAAAUAACACUAAUAAAAAAACCACACGAUGUCUCUCUCGGAACGGGGACUCUUCCAGACGCCGCGGAGACGAGAACUCGUUUCUUCGUUCACCGGCGAAGGACGUUAAGCGACGGUGCCGAAUCGGUGAACGUGCGAAAGGAAAACGGAAGGAGAGAAUACUACCUGGAAACAUGUCAGUGGAGAGACAGAGCGGUUUUUUUUUGUUGUUGUUGUUGUUGUUGUUUUGUUUUGUUUUUUUAGCAAAUUGAUGCUUUUUAACAUUUUUUCCUCCCCUCCCCGGUGUUUUUUUUUUUUUUUUUUUUUUCCUGCUCAUCGUCGGUAUCGACUCCUUCACUAGAUCAUGGAUAUUUUUUACAAAGAUAACGAACAAAACAAUGCACAGAGUAAUCAAAUCCAAUGCGUACACGAACAAAACAAAACACGCCGUUGUUUUCGAUUUCCGUUUCUUUCCGACGUACACUCCGCUCCGUACACUCCCACGGGGACAUUUACAUCUUUAACCGACGCCAGCUUUCCCGAUUCCUUUAAAGUUUGACGGUUUGCCUUAUUGGAUUUUUAAGUGUGGAUUCGACAACAGGGUAAAAAUUCGCCGCUAUACUCAGCGGGGCAGAAGCACGGACCUCGAUGUGGACGUAACCUCGGCUUCUCUGCUCGCAGUGAGUCGGAACCUCGCAGUGUAUUUUUUAUUAUUAUUAUUAUUAUUUUUUUUUUUUUUUUUAUUCAUCCGGCUCCUCCGCGCUCGCAAUCUCUCGGGAGUAUUCCCCGCGAGUGCGCCUCGACGUGCCCGGCGUACGGAUGGCCGAGUUUUAUGACGCGGCCGAAAGAACCACUUCCCGAUAUUAUCGUUGUUUUCGUUUUUGUUUUUUUGAACACUCGAAUGCAUCUUGUUUUAUUUCCCCAUAUUCUGUCGCCUGCCUUUGUUUCCUUGUUAUUUUUUUUUUUUCCAUGAGGUGUCUCCACGUAGAUAGCACUAUCGAAGACAGUAUUUAAUAUAAAAACGGUUCGAUCUAAACUUAAUUGUUCGGCUCGCAAUUGUUUUUUUUUUGUUGUUUUUUUUUGCAGAUAUUUUAUGUUUCCGUAAUCCAGUGCAGUCAGUUCUACCUUAAAACCUUAGAAGCGAAUAUAGACUCGAGGUACUUCUCCGGAUGAAUAAUUCUCUAGGGGUUUUUUUUGUUUGUUUGUUUGUUUGUUUGUUUUCCCUCGAAUGUUUUUUGUUUUUUUUUGUAAAAAUCGAAUGUUUCGGCGUUGUUCUUGUUGUUUUUUUGUUUUUUUUCGCAGAACAUUUCUCAUUCUCGCUCAGUUGUGGGAACUGGACGACGUGGAUGUAGACUAGAAGGUCAUAUAUGAAUCGAAAUAUAUACACACACACACACACACGAGUCUGGAAGAGACAGAUCAAUCAGAGCAAUAAUAAUUACCGAGAUGGUUCUUUUUUUUUUGUUUUUUUUGUGAUAUUAAGGUGCUAUGUAGAUUUUUACCAUUCUGGCUCGUCGGCUAGUCACGGCAGGACUUCGGGAAAGGGAGAGACGCCGGAGAGAGCGAUUUAUACGUGGGUUUCCUCUCGUUUCUGGACAGCGGGGUAAUCGAAAGACCACAAGAAUGUACUUUUGCGUGUAUGCGUGUGCGUGUGGACGUGUGCGUGUCUUCCUUCUUGAUUAGAGAGCUCGAAGAAAGAGGAAUUCGCUUUCGAAAAACAUGCGGUUAAAGCCAGUUUCUCAGUGCCAUCACAUGCUGGUCAGUGUUGGGAUCAUUCCCAGUAUCACACACAGAUCACUAGUGUCUCUUUUUUUUUCCCCUUUCUCUUUUUUUUACGUUCGGUCUUAAUUUAUAUCGGCUUUUACGGCUGCUCUAAAAUUACGCAGGAAGAAUAACAGUACUAAAAUGGUUAUAAAGUUGCAGAGUGGGUUUUAUUAGUUCGGGGUUUGGCACACACGCACAUAAGUAAAUAAAUAAGUAAAUAAAUAUGAUUAAAAACACUUGCGAUGUUUAGUCCAGAUGUUGAUUUUAAAAAGCUGUUACAUAAAUAACAUGUUCUUCUAUCCAGUGGGCUCUGGUAUAAAAGCCCUGACCCUAGGCGGUAUGAAGUAUGAGCGUGUGUGUGUGUGUGUGUGUGUGUGCGCUCUUGGAUCAGAUGAUGCCCCUAUCUCCGCUCCAUUGCGCUGGCCUCAGCACUGGAUCGGCUCCAGCCCUUUUUGUUUCCCCAAUCGAAUGCGAGUGGAAAGGCUUUCGGUCAGCACAAACCGCUCUGGCUCUCAUGCAAGCGGCGUAUUUUCGCCUCGCGAAUUGUAAACACUUGCAGCGCUUCCUUCCUUCCUUCCUUCUCGCUCUCUCUCUCGCUCCGAGCCCUCUCCAGCCCUUUAGGGACAGCCAAUUUGAGAUUAACGCCAUGGUUCGAUCGAUCCUCAGUGGAGGCCACAGCGACACUUCAAUGACAAAUCUGCUGUACUGUUUAAAGCUUGACAGUAGGACGCACGCGGGUCCGGACGUGGGCCCGGGCUGCCGGUGGAAUCCGGGGCCGGGCGUGUCUCCUUUCACAAAAUACGAACCAAGCCGAUCUGAAUAAAAAAAAAUCUUUUUGGAAGAUUCCAAAGACGUCAGCACUGUCGAUCGUGUCUGGUUGGAGGGGAACUUUGUAUAUGAUCUGAUUGUAAAACUUGUACAUUUUUUUUAUUUUAUUUUUUUUUUAUUUAUAAUGUCUCUUUUUUUUUGUUUGUUUUUUUUCCCUUUUCCUCCGUAGUGAGCUCAUUGAAAAUGCACUAUAUUUUUCUAUAUCGCUUGCAAAUGUUUUAGUUCACCCGGGUGUACAUAAUUUCUCAUGUAGGACCAAAGACGGCCGAAUAAGUUUCCAUUUUUUUAUUUUUUUUCUCCUUUACUUUUUUUUUUUUUUUUCCUUCCCCCUGUCUUUUAGGUUCAAAUGUACAGUAAAAAAAAAAUAAAUAAAUAAAUUGUCCGUUUAUUCCAUUUUAUUAUUUAUUUUUUUCCCAGCGAUGGCAGGGUGGAGAGUUCGAGUCAUUGGUUCGAAAAAGUAUCCCCCCACCAUAUCCCCACCCCCCCCACCACCACCUCAACUGCAGAUCUGUCAAAUCAUUUUACCGAGAUUAUUUCUUCUUACAUGGACCGUUUUGUUUGUUUGUUUGUUUGUUUUUUUUUGCUUUAUAACCUUUGUAAUAGACUGUACAUAUAUUUUUGGAAAUAUAAUACAAUCUCUAUA